UUCGUUGUUCUAUAUUUAUUUUCUGUUUGUGUCGUAAAUCUUUCAUGAUCUUGGAAUAGCUUUUUCAUGAACAUGUAAUUCACUUACUAACAGUUCAAAGGAGUCUAAAGUGUGCAUGAUAUCCGAAAAUGGCUCGCCGAAACACUAGAACAACUUUGGAAAAUGAAAUCGAGCGAGCGAGAGUUGAAGGGAGAUGGGAGACGGUGAAAAAACUGAUUGAACAGAUCUCGAAUCGAACGACAUCGGAAUCAAAGCCUGACUUGCAAAAAAUACUUCUUCUUGGCGAAGUUGGCCUGGAGACUUGGAUACGUGAUAAUCCAUUAGGUACUGUAGCUACAGACGAAGCUAGGGGACCACUUCAAUCUGCAGUAAAGAUACUGCAAAAGGCUGCAAUCGUUGAGGGAAAGAAGGAUGACAAGAAUCAAGAAGCUGUGUUGCUUCUCUGCAAAGCUCACUUUUUUCUGAAAGAUUUCCAAGCAUGUGUAAGCUAUCUAGACCAAGUAGCAAGUGAAGAAUUCACAGUAGAUGUCCAGUCAAGGAGAAGAUCUAAACUUUUUGCUGAGGGAUUUGCAUAUAAGGGAAUGGCCCUGGAAGAACUUCAAUCAAGAGGAGAUUCAUCUGUCAAUACAGAUGACAUCAUAACAUGCUAUGAAUGUGCAGGAGAUGUUGCAAUGUGGCUGAUGGCAGGACAAAAGACAACCUCAUCACUUGUGAUACCUCCACUGGCUGGGGAAAUGGGUACUGCACUGGAAGUUGCCAUUCAGAGAGCUCCAAUCUUGCAUAUCAAAGCUGGAAAUCUCCCAAGUUGUAUUAAAAGAUUUAGGAAUGUAUUGAAAGCCUUGGAAUCCAAAGCAACACAUGAAUUGAGGAAGAUUGUAGCAAGACAACUUUCAGAAGUCCUUUUGCGAGGUGUAUGUGACGAAACAUAUGAGAAACCAGUGUAUGUGAAUACCAAUAUCCCUGGUUCUACAGCUUCACUUUCCAGAGGAGCAAGCAAGCUUGACACUCCAAAAACUACUAGUUAUAAAACAAGUUCAUCAUUGACACCUCUUGUUCACUCAGGAGACAGUUUGUUUGUACCACGUGAUGAAAUGGAAGAGGUGUUGUUAUUGUUGCUACUUGAAGAUACCAUGUUUCACAGAGCUCUUCUAGUUUUGAGGCAGUGUGCAGAAAUGAACCCAAAGGAUCCACUGGUACCUUUACAUGCAGCAAAGUUGUGCUUUAAUUACUUACACUCRUUUGAUGAAGGAGUUGGAUUUGCAAAGCGGGUGGUUGAUAUGGGUGACGACACAAUGCUAGCAUCCAAGGGAUAUGAAGUACUAGGUAUUGGAUACAGUCUUCAGGCUGGAGAAGCAUCUCUUAGUGCAGAUAGACAGAGACUCCAAAAGCUUUCAACAGAUGCACUUGAAAAUGCAUUAGACCAUGAUCCCAAUGAUCCAGAUAUCUUGUUUCAUCUGGCUUUAACUCAAGCUUAUGCUAGACAGAUAUCAAGGGCAUUAAAAAAUUUGAGGAAAGCUGUGAAGCUGGAUGGAGAUAAUGUCAACUACCUUCACCUUCUUGCAUUACUGCUUUCUGCACAGAACAAGUAUGGAGAAGCCCUUGAGGUCUGUGAAGCUGCACUCUUGGAAUUCCCAGAAGAAUUUAGUUUAUUGCUGACCAAGGUCAAACUUGAAGUAAUAUGUAUUGGCGGCGAUCAGGCACUCAUUACCUGUAAACACUUACUAGAGACAUGGAAACAAGCUUAUGAAUCAGARAUUAUUGACAUAUCAACAGAGAUCAAAAGGACGGGGUCAGGACUAUUGGAUAAAGUUGUUGCUGAUACCAGAAGUCUCAAACAAUUUCCUUUAACAGAAAUAAGCAGUGACAAGGAGGAUACUGGCUCAAUUGCUGCCUCUGUACGUCUUGAACAAGCCUURUCAGAUGAAGCUUCAACAUCUAUAGCCAAACUAAGUAUCCCAGGAAUCCUUGCACUUCAGGCCAAGCUAUGGUUGGCUAUUGCUGAUGUUUUUAUUGGAAUUGACAAAGAUGCAGAAGCAAAUGCAUGUAUUCAKGAGGCAAAUUUAAUAUUUCCUUUGUCUGCUGAUGUACUUUUUCAGCGAGGUCGUAUCUAUGAAAUCCGUGGAAGUCUGAACGAGGCCAAGACAAUGUACAAUAAUGCUAUCUCAAUAAAYCAACAUCACAUACCAAGUUUGCAGAGAUUGGGAAUGGUGCAUGAGAAACUAAAUAAUUUGGUGAUGGCUGAAAAGGUUCUUCGAGAAGCCAUAAAUGUUGAUCCAACUGCCCAUGUAGCCUGGCAUUACCUYGGAGUUGUGCUAGAGCGACAAGGACAACAUGAAGCAGCCAGUGAAUGCCUUUUUACUGCAGUUGAUUUAGAAGCAACAGCACCUAUCAUUAGUUUUUCAGUGAUUCCAAGAAUGCURUAAAUUAAUACCAAUAUAAUAUCACAAUUUUAUUAAGACAUUAAUAUCAUAAUGUACAUUCUAUUUAAUUGAUUAAAGAGAGGACAAAAUAUAAUCUUG